CAAAGUCUUACAAGUAAGAAGCUUGAAACUUUAUAUUGUGCGAGAGUUGUCAUAUUUUCUUUUCGUCAAUAAACAAAAACACAUCGCUCAUGUGUUACAAAAGUUUGAGAGAGGAAACAUUUUUUAAUCAUCAGAGUGAUAAUGUUUAUAAAUAUUAAAAAAUACGCAAUCAUCCUGUUUGCAUUCAAUUUCUACUCCCACAUCCACGCACUUAGCGAUUCAUCUCCACUCUAUGAUAAAAUGUACGAUGCAAUCACCAGAAUUUCACAGCAAAUGGAAAUGUUUAAUGUGCAUUACAUAACCAAGCUUGAUGAAAAAUUUGUUACAAUCAUGCAAACGAUAAGUGCCAUGGAUGCGAACAUAAAAAAUUUACAGGAACGCUCACAAGCUUGGGAUGUAUUUACACAUCAUAUGAGUGCUUGGAGUGAGCACAUCAAAAGUACAGAUCAAAAGUUUGAUAUACUCAAAAAGCAUCUCGACAGUCUUCCCGUGAUGGAGAAUCAAUUGCAAAAUACAGAUUUUAAAAUCCAGCACAUAUUCGAGAAGACGGAUUUAAUAAAUGAAAAAUUUAAUGAAAUGAAUAAAUCAAUAAAGUCGGUAGGAAAAUUAAAACAAGGAUCAAAUAAAGCAGCACCACCAAAAGCAUCGCAACCACAAAGGAAUUGGAGUCAGGAAGAUUUUGAACAAACGGAAAUACUUUUGCGACUUUCGAAGAUACAAAGAUUGAUACUGAAUCAAUGUAGUGUAAUAAGAUUAGAUAGGGAAUUUGAGAAUAAUAGUGGUGGUGGAAAUGGUAACAGAGGAAUUGGAAGUGAAGAAAGUAACGAUAUAAAAUCAAUUCUCGCACAAAUUAAUUCAAACCUCGAAAAGUUUCCCCACAAAGAAAUUAAACAAUCGUUCAAUUUGAACAAGAAACAUGAGAAAGCACUCGAUGCAUUAGCAACAACUGUAAGCCAUAUUGAUGAGCGUACUGUAAGAAUCUUUGAUACAAACUCAUAUCAAUAUAAGAAAAUUCAAUCAACUUACAAAAAUACCGAGGGUGAAAUUUUAACAUUUACAAAUAAUGCCAACUUUUUGCUUAAGAAAGUCGAGAAAGCUAUGAAAAGUGCUGUAAAUCAUCGCAAUUAUUCACCAACUCCUACUGACAAUGAGAAAUGCAAAAAUUCAACUGUCGUAAACACUACAGAAAAGAGCGAGGUAACACAAACACAGGACGAUAGUGAUGAAGUUGAGGAUGACAUAAUCGACCAGAAAGAAUAUAUCCAACCGACGAAGACAAAUUGCUUUCAACUCACAAGCGGACGAAGUGGCGUGUAUACAUUCAAUAAUGAGCGUCAGUUUAACACCGGUGGAAGAGAUUUCUAUCAGCAAUAUUGCGAAUAUUCAACGGAAGGAACAGCAUGGACUGUCAUACAGAAACGUGACAACUUUGAAUUACAGGAGGAAUUUAAUCGUACAUGGAAUGAAUACAAGCAUGGCUUUGGAAAUUUAACAAAAGAUUUUUGGUUCGGGAAUGAUUUCAUACAUAACUUAACGUUCGAACACGAUAUGGUUCUACGCAUUGUUCUCGAAGAUUUUAAGGAUAAUCACGUUUGGAUUGAAUACAGCACAUUUAAAGUCGAAAAUGAAGCGGAGAGAUAUCGAUUGAAUAUUAAUGACUAUCGUGGUGCUGUUGCAGACAGUUUAUUAUCUCAUGAUGGCCGAAAUUUUAGCACAUACGAUGACUUUUUCACAUCCGACAAUUCAUCAUUGUCUUGUGUUAUGGAGAUGGGGUCUGGUUGGUGGUGGUCAUUUAUAUUGAAUGAAUGUGCAGAAUCAAAUCUCAAUGGGAUCUAUGAGCCAUCGGGUAUUUUCACAAAUAAGUCAGAUGUAAUAACAAAAGUUGGAAUCUUUUGGAAAAAUUGGCUUGGGAUGUCACCUUUAAAAGCAUCAAGGAUGAUGAUACGACCUAGAGAUGUAUGGUUUAAUGGCAAUAUGUCAGUCGAAGAUUACAAUCAAUUGGAUGAUGUUUAAAGUAAUCUCUUGACUAUGGAAUUUGUUCCAUCUUAUAUUAUGUACAAUAAAGAUUUAUAUCCUUAGUAAUAA